CACCAUCUUUCCGCUCGACACGUCUCGUUCAACCAACACCCACCACUUUUUGUUUGAACCAACUCCUUGAUCCGACCCACACUCGGCCGUCAACCACCACCCCUCCUACAAAGCCCUUUGUCACUUCUCGCCGGUUGGAUUCCACGUCCCUUGCUUCAUCAUGGCCGGUCCUCACUACGACUUCCUCAUCAAGCUCCUCCUCAUCGGUGACUCUGGUGUCGGAAAAUCCUGUCUGCUUUUGCGCUUCUGCGACGACUCGUGGACCCCGUCGUUCAUCACGACCAUUGGCAUCGACUUCAAGAUCAGGACGAUUGAGCUCGAUGGCAAGCGCAUCAAGCUGCAGAUUUGGGACACUGCCGGCCAGGAGCGUUUCCGUACCAUCACCACGGCCUACUACCGCGGUGCCAUGGGUAUCUUGAUCGUCUACGACGUGACCGACGAGAAGAGCUUCAACAACGUUCGCACCUGGCACGCCCAGAUCGAGCAGCACGCCUCUGCUGGAGUCAACAAGAUUCUGAUUGGCAACAAGUGCGACUGGGACGAGAAGCGCGCCGUCACGCUCGAGCAGGGCAAGGCGCUCGCCGACGAGUUUGGCCUCCGCUUCCUCGAGACCAGCGCAAAGGCGAACGAGGGUGUGGAGGAGGCCUUCUUCACUCUUGCGAGGGACAUUAAGACUCGCCUGAUCGACUCGCAGCCUCAACCAGAGGCGCCUGUGCAGCUCAACGCCGACCGCGGUGUCAACGUCUCUGCCAAGCAGAACACGAGCAGCAGUGGCUGCUGCUAAGCGCUGCCCCUGCAACUGCAGCUGCUUGUGCAGGAGUGACGCGUGUAGAGAGCAGCCGGGGGCUCUAGCCCUCGGCUGUCAUAUGGGUUAUCGCCUGCUUAGUCUCCUCCCCUUUAGUUUCCUCCCCCCAUCAUCCACAUACUCGGCGAUGUAUUGUACUGAUUCUGG